AUGUCGGAUCAGCAGUUUGUGCACCCUUUGGGCCUCAAAUCCCGGCUUCUGGGCUGUCUGUUUAGUCCCCUAGUGGUGGUGCCAGCAGUAGUGUAUCUGUUCACGAUAUGGACAGUGCAUACAAUAGCUGCGCCACACGGGACAGCAGUGCCCCCAGCGGCUCUGCCCGGCGCACCCCUUUUGCCUGCUGCGGGGCCAGCCGCUCCUGCAGGCGGCACCUUGUGGCCGCCCGCAGCACCCACGUUCGACGUCAGGGCCCUUGACGAUGCGUUGCGUCGAUACCUCGACGAGUCGCUGACGACUAGUGCGCAGACGCUGGACCGGUAUAUCCGCGAGAACUACAAUCACACGGUGGACGCAUCGCUACGAGCGUGGAAUGAGACACUAAGCAGCAGCAUAAAGCUCCUGCACGAGCUGCUGCUCCAGCAGCAGCGGCAGAGCGUAUCAAUCAGCGGGGAGCUCCAGAGCCAAGGACAGCGCAUCAGGGGCGCCGUAAAACGGCUGACGGAGACUGGACUCAGCGUCGGCAGCGAUCUGGGGCCACGGGUCUCUGACAUGCACCUCGACGACUCCUUCCUCGCGCCGCUCUACAAGGACGUGAACUCCACCAUCAAGCAGCUGCCGUCUCUGAUUCCGGCUGCGUUCCCUGCGUUCAAAUGGGCACCUCUUAACUUGUCGAGUGUCCGGCGUGAGGCUGACCAGGUGCGGCGCGAGGCGCUGCACCUGUACGCAAACAGGUAUUCCGGCGACCUCCGGCGCCGCAGCACGCCUCCAGCACUAGGUCUGGCGGCGCGCCACACAGCGGUGGUAGCCGCGCUCACAGCUGCCGCGCUGGUUCUGCGCUGCGCAGGAGAGUGGUUCGCAUUCCACCUCCAGAAUCACGCCAUUGUGCGUGCUGCCCUGGAGGCCCAUGAGCCGCCGUGCACCGGCGUCGCGCUCACUGCCUGGCGGCACGCCGCCAUACGCGCGCUGGCCGCCGCACACGAGCACCCCUUCGUAUACUGCGCACUGCGGCCAAUGCGGGACCUGGCGCCGCGCGCCUGGCGCCGCGCCAGCACGUGGGCUCUCUGGUGCGGUGCGCACGGCGGGGCCCUCCUGUGGUUCCUGCUUUUCGUCGCCCUCACGGACUGGCAGCUCGCCGUCGCGACGCUGCCGCACGCGCAGCGCCUGCACCACAGAGCCCAGCCCGCGGAUGCCGCAGACGUCGUGGCCAACCUCCACGCCGCCCUCGAAACCCGCCUGCGCCCUGCCCUGCGCGACGCGCACGCCGCAGCGCUGGGCGCCGCCGCAGACCACCUCCACCGCAAACUGGCCCCGCUGCUCGCUCGCAUCGACUCCUCGCGCCCCUCCGUCCUGCCCCUGCCCGCGCUGAUCGUCCCACAGCCGGUCUGGCCGGCCUGGCCCCCUGCCGCUGACCUGGCCCCGGUCAUCCGUGCCGCCAUACCCCGCGCCCAUCCCCUGCGUCUCGCUUCCCGCUCCAUUCCCGCGCCUCAGUUCGUUGCCGUUUCUUUAUCUACCGUUUUUCGCCCAGCGGUGAUCGUCAUCGCUGUACUCAUCAUCAUCCACCAUCUUGUUGGCUUACUGCUUGUCCUGAGAACUCGCUGA